AUUUUUCUUAGUAUAUUUAUAUAUAUAUCUCAAUAUUUAUAAUUGUAUAUUUGUCAGUUAUUUAUUCUACUCAUCGAAGGAUGGAGUUAUCGGAAAAGGUAAUCGAGUGUGUUCCUAAUUUUUCAGAGGGCUGUGAUUCUGCGAUAAUCGACAGUAUAGCCAAUGCUAUCUCACAAACAAAGGGUUGUGUUUUGGUCGACGUGGAUGCCAGUUCUUCGACAAAUAGAACGGUGUACACAUUCUUUGGUACUCCUGAAAGUGUAGUGGAAGGAGCGUUGAAUGGAGCUCUAGAAGCCAGUAAACAUAUUGAUAUGAAAAAUCAUACUGGGACCCACCCUCGUCUUGGUGCCUUGGAUGUUUGUCCUUUUAUCCCAAUCAAAGGUGUCACAAUGGAUGAUUGUGUAAAGUGUGCUCAGAACUUUUCUGAACAGCUUGUUAAGGAACUUGAUGUGCCAGUAUAUCUUUAUGGGCAUGCUUCUAAAAAGGAGUAUCGCAAUACAGUACCACAAAUUCGAAGUGGUCAAUAUGAAAACCUGCCUGAAAAGCUUAAAGAUGAAAAAUGGAAGCCAGAUUAUGGUCCAACAAAAUUUGUUCCUUUCUGGGGUGCAUCAAUAGUUGGAGCUCGAGAUUUUCUCAUUGCGUAUAAUGUGAACAUAAUGGCAACUAAAGAACAAGCACAUAGAAUUGCUUUGAAUAUACGAACCACUGGACGUGGUCCUACACAGCCUGGUUUACUGGACAAGAUCCAAGCAGUUGGUUGGCAAGAGGAAAAAGCUAACGUCUCGCAGAUUUCUGUUAACGUUUUAGACUACAACGUUACAGCAGUCCAUGUCGUAUUUGAAACAUGCGUGGAAGAAGCAAAAAAAUUAAAAUUAGCCAUCGCUGGCUCCCAAGUGGUUGGUUUAGUACCACUGAAAGUGAUGUUGGACGCAGCGGAUUACUACAUGGCCAAAGAAGAUCUGUUUAUUGUGAAUGAAGAUCAAAAGCUUAGAUUGGUAAUUGACCGUCUUGGUUUGAAUUCACUUGGACAGUUUAAUCCACAAGAAAAAAUUAUAGAGUAUGUAGUUGGUAGCAACAAGAAUGGUCCAUUAGCCUCGAUGCCAUUAUGUGACUUUGUCCACUCUUUGGGAAGUCGUACUCCAUCUCCUGGUGGAGGGUCUGGUUCAGCUGCUGUAGCUGCUAUAGGAGCCGCACUUAGUACUAUGGUUGGCUGGAUGUCGUUUGGUAAGAAAAAAUUUGAAGGUCUUGACUCUGCAAUGAGGACGUUAAUUCCCCCUAUCUACCAAGUGAUGGUUGAUUUAAUGCCUUUGGUUGAUGCGGAUGCGAAGGCUUUCAACAUGUACAUGGACGCGUUGAAACUUCCAAAAAAUACUCCCGAAGAAAAAGAAAGGCACACUGAGGCAUUACAAGCAGGAUUAACAGCUUCAAUUAAUACUCCUUUAAAACUAAUUGAAACAGUUUCGCGUGUUUGGGAACCUCUUACAGAGCUGGCAAAAUUAGGCAACAUUCAAACUAAAUCCGACAUUCAGGUUGGUGUGCGUUGUCUGGAAACUGGUGUGUGGGGAGCUUACUACAAUAUAUUAAUUAACUUGCCUGAUGUUAAAGAUGAAGCGUACAAAGAACAGGUGAAAACUACCUCUGAAGAAGGCUUGAAUAUGGCAAAAGCGAAGACUGAAGAAAUCUCACAUAUCUUAGAAAAUAGAGAGAAAUAGAGUAAAUUUUUGGUCUAGUGUUGUAACUGUGUUUAAUUAUAUCAUAAAGACUAUAGAAUUAGAUAAAUAAGUCAUUAUUUAAUGAAGGAAAUAACAUGUGGAAAUCAGUGAAUUAACUACUAUAGUCUACAAAGCAACAAUUGGAAUUUCUUGUGAAUAGUUUGCUAUAUAUAAUUGUUUUCGAAAGAAAGAUUAUACAUCACAGAGAACCGUGCAUAGGCGUUUAUUUCAAC